UCCAUUUCCAUGGAAGAAAACCAAAAAGACUCAUUUGUUUUGCCUACACCAGCAGACUUAAUCUACAACAACAUGGUCUCUGUCUUUUCCCCUUUACUCUCUCUUUUGACAGUGACAUCUGAAUCCUACCGCCAUGGUGACGAAACCAAAGACAACGCUCCUUCACAAAUAGCUUAUGGUAGCAUAGUAUUGCUGAAGAAACUGGGGCUUUGUCUUCUGAGUGCAGCAUAUGUUUGCAUGAUUCUGUUUUUGGUUUUGAUUCUUGCUUCUGUGGUGGGUGUUGGGUUGGUUCGGUUUUGGGUUGAGGAACCUGUGAUUGUUCAUGAAAGUUUGUAUUUUGAUUACACUGAUGCUCACCCUACCGCUGUUUUUUCAUUUAAUGGCGGAGUUGGUGCUUCUGGGGGAUACAUUAAGAAAAAACAUACACGUGUUCCAGUUGGUCAUGCAUUUUCUGUUUCUUUGUCCCUCUUGAUGCCUGAAUCUGACUUCAAUAGGGAGCUUGGGGUGUUUCAGUUGACAGCAAAACUCCUGUCAGUAAAAGGAAAUGUGAUAGCAAAUUCAAGCCAGCCAUGCAUGUUACGGUUUAGAAGCUCACCGAUUCGACUGGCAAGAACAGUUAUGAUGGGUGUGCCUUUGGUACUCGGAAUCUCAGCCGAGACACAAAAAAUCAACUUAGAAAUAUUAAGACACAAGGAACAGAAUCAAAGGACCAAUGCUAUAAGAGUAACCCUGCAUCCAAGAGCAGGAACUUCAUCUCUUCCACAACUAUAUGAAGCUGAAAUUGUUAUAAACUCUCACUUACCUUGGGCUAAAGAGUUAAUUCGAAAUUGGAAAUGGACUUUCUAUGUUUGGGUCUCUUUGUAUGUGUACAUUCUGCUACUUAUACUUCUAUUAUGUUGCUAUAGGCCACUCAUCUUUCUAGUCACACCAGAGUCUUUCAAUGAUCAAAGGGUAAGUGAAGAACAUAAAGAGUUGCAAGCUGGAGAAUUAUUAGGAGACGAUGAGAGUGAUGUUUCAGAGUUGUUGAGGAAAUGGAGACAUAGCAGAAGCAAGAGAAAGACUAUCCUGACACAUGGUGUGCCAGAAACAACUCGCUCAUCAGCUUCAAGCAUUAGCAUGACUACUACCAGAGAAGAUGUAACUAGUGUUGCCGUGGAAGAUGAUGUGGAGGACUCUGAAUCAGUGUGCACAGGUUAA